AUGCGGCCCGGUCGCACAUCGACUAGAUUUUGCAACAUUUCGGGAAACGGUUCCGUCGUCGGCGGUUCCACGGCGUUCAAUUUGACGUUGGCUCCAUGGAAGAUGCAGGUCAGCGAUGUAGAACUAGAAAAACUCAUUGCCAACGAAAAAUUUGUCGUCGCCCUAUUUCGUGGCGAAAGUUGUAAGGACUGCGAUGAUUUGGAAUCACAACUUUCUUCAAUAAGGGAAGAUCUUGUGGAUGCAUUAAAUGCCUGGGUGGUGAAGGCAGUAUCCAGCUCACUUGUGUCCAACUUCACCUCAGGGAAGGAAUCGGUCAAACCACUUGUUGUUUACUUCAGACACAGCGUCCCACUUUUAUAUGAUGGUCCUUUGAAUGAUGAAGUUAUGUUGGAUACAUUUAUCCAGAAUAAAGACCCUGCUGUUAAUCAUUUAAAUGAUGAUUCCUUUGAGCACUUAACCCAGGCAGCUUCUGGCGCAACAACUGGGGAUUGGUUUGUCAUGUUCUACCGAGACGACUGUGAAUCCUGCAUGAAAUUCCAAGCCAAGUGGGAAUACAUUGCCUCCCAGCUCAAAGGAAGGAUCAAUUUAGCUAGAGUAAACAUUAAGGAUGAUGGGAUCUCAACUGGAAGUCGCUUUGAUGUCAGCCAAGUACCUGCAUUCCUUUUUUUUCGCCAAGGAAAGAUAUUUACUUACGAUCUCUCUAACCAAGACAGCAAAGCCUUUCAAAAUUUUGCGCUGGGAUGGUACAAAAAUGUUCCGUCCAAGAAUGUAUCGUCGCCCAAGACACCUUUUGAUGAACUAGUUGAUCGAGCGGUUUUCACACUCAAAGAAAACCCGUGGAUAUUACCAGCUGCUGGCGUCACUCUACUCCUUAUUCUGAUUGCAGUCGGCCUGAACGCAUGGAAGAGCUCAAAAACAGUGAAACCGACCAAGACAAAGAAAAGUGUAAAAAAAUCUAAUUAAACCACGUCAGCAUUGUCAUGAAAAACAUGAGAUAUCCAGUAUGAACUGGAUAAGCUGCGCGAAAGGUGCUCCUCGGAAUGCACAGUUCCCCAAAAAUUCA